UUGGAAAAAAAAACUUUGACAUUUCCUGUAUUUAAGAACAACCUCAUGUGAAGAAUUCUGCUGAAGAGACAAAGAAAAUGCAGAACAGGAGAGAAGCCGACAGCUGAAGACACUCUCUGGACUCACAAGCUCCUGAAUCUCUCUACACCAGAGGAUUUAACACCAUUUACUUCCUAAAAAGAUGUUCUGGGGAAGCAUUUUCCUAAUCCUAUUGUAUUUGAGACAAUUCUCCAGUGGCCAGGCUGGGGAAGAGGAAAGUACAGAGAGUCUUGUUGAUGAUGACAAGUCUGAGAUGGAGAACCGCCUUUCAGCUGAGGAACAAAAUACUGACCUGGAAAAGAUCCUCCUAGGUCAUUUAGCGGUCACUGUUCCGCCAGAACAACGCCCCCUGCUCCCUCCUAAAACAGCAGCCAGGUUAUCCUUCAAUGUCACAUUGAUUUCAGUUUCUCAAAAUGAGAACAAAAAAGUGUUAGAUUUGCAAAAGGAGGCGAAAGAAGGGGAAGAUCUGCAAGAAGAAGAGGUAGAGGAGAGCGAUGAAGAUGUAUCUAAGGAGAUUACAACACUUGCAGCCCCAACGACAACACCACCAGCUACUACCCUACCAGCGGAUGACAACUUGUCCUACAUUAUGUCCCGGCUUAGCGGUAUAGAAUCUGCAAUCCAUCGUCUUAAUGUCCAGUUCUAUGGUCUGGAUAUAAAAGUGACGCAGAUGUCUCAGAGCCUCUCCAAGAUCCGGGACAAACUCAACGAUGCAGAAGACACGAUCAGUACAGUGUCUGAAAUGAAUCGAAGGAAUCAAAGGCAGAUUGGACAGAUUGAAGGCUGUCUGAAAGGUAAACGCUACUUCAGAAAGUGCUUUCUCAUUUUCCAGCACUUUGAAAACUACGCUACGGCUCAACAGCUUUGCCACAGCCGAGGGGGAAAUCUGGCAAUGCCUAUAGAUCAGCAGGAAUUUGCCACCCUGUCACAGUAUAUCCAUGAUGCAUUCUUUCCCUUCAACUGGCCGGUCUGGUUAGGGAUUAACGACCUACGCUCGGAAGGCCUGUACUUGUUUGAGAAUGGGCAUCGGGUUUCCUACUACAACUGGUACAAAGAUCACUUGGUGACACAGCCAAAUGGCGGCUCCCUGGAGAACUGUAUUUCCAUCUCAUCGGAUGAUGGAAAGUGGUGGGAUAAUGACUGUUCCAGGAGAAUGUACUAUGUCUGCGAGUACUGAGUGGGGAGCGAGGAGUACUCAGUACUGCUCGUAGUAUCAAUGAUAUUAUUAUAUCAUCUCAUAUCUCAGGUACUUCUCCUUCUGUAAGAUAUCUUGUUCAACUGAUGCCACAAUGAGUUAAAAGAACAUUGGGGAAGAUAAUGGUGCAACAAGUGUCUGUUUGUAACAUGCAAACUACUCAAGAUUAUAUCUGACCAUUUAAAUAAUUUUAAUUAACUGGGGAUGAGCGUCUACUAUUCAGGAGAUCAAAUGUCUGGGACAAGCUUUUUUUAUGGGAACCUUUAACCUCAGUGCUUCACCCAGUGGAUAUUUAGAGUAUGACAGGGUAAUGCUGAGAUAGGUUCCCAUCUACAGCCCAUAUGCUCUUAUGUCUUUAUGGAAGCUCACCACUGCCGAUGCAGCUAGCCUCAGAACAAGGGCAAAGGUCACCUACCAGCAAUAUGCAAAUAAGCCAUUCCUACGCAGAAUAGCAGGCCCACAGGAAAUUACUUUUUGUAUCACCCCUCGAAAAAAAUUUAGUUUGAAGAAAAAUAUUGUAACACUUUUCUUGACUUAUAAAUAUGUAUGUAACUGAUCAAUGUGAUGUUAAAAGAUGGCUAAUGCUGUACUACAAAUGGUGAGAAAAGCGAGCUGCUGGGAGCCUAGCGAGGUCCCACAAGCUAAUAAACGUUAUAGAUUUCUCCUUUCAAUUAUAUAUAAAAACAAGCAAAGUAAAAUGUGUUAGCAUGAAUGGCCCUUACUAGAGAUCUCCUGAUAUAUAUUGGAAUUCAGGGACAAUAGAGUAUUGCAGCGGGAACCAACAGGUGUGUGUACAAAGGAAACAGCGCUGUGCUGCUACUGUGGAGCACUAUAAAAGUAGUUCCUGGUGUACAGCUCUAUGAAGUUAUAAAUGGGGAUGCCAUGCAGCAACGUUUUGGAUCCACCCAAAUACCAGGCAUAAUACAUAGAAUUAGAUCAUCCAAAUGCUGCCAAUAAGAGGCUUAAAGGGGGUCAUUCCGCACGCGAACGGGUCGGAACUGCGCAUGCGCCGCGUGCGCGUGGUCGUUGCCUGGCGACGGACGUCGCCGGGCAACGGCGCGCACAGCAAAUAAAGAAGACGCAGCGACGAUCGCAAGAAGAUUGACAGUGGAGAGGCGUUCCGGGGUGGAUACCGUUUUCGAGGAGUGGUCGUCCGAAUGCAGGCGUGUCCAGGCAAACGGAGGGUGGAUGUCUGACGUCAAAGCCGGGAGGAACGUCGCUGGAUCCGUCGCACAGGGUAAGUAGAUCCAGCCUUACUCUUCAACAGCACAAAACGUUUUUUAGCUAAGCAGGGCUGCACAACCGAACGCAGCCCUACUAAGCUAAAAUACACUCCCCCAUAGGCGGGGAUUAGUUGAUCGCACCAGCAACAAAAAGUUGCUGGCUGCGAUCAACUCGGAAUGACCACCAUAGCCAGAACUUUGUGGACCCCAUAGUGACAUUUUGCAGGGGCCCCCUUCCCAAUGCUUCUAGAGAGACACCUCUCUGUAGGGGGUGCAGUUGAAAUACCAGCUCAGGAGACAGACUCCGGAAUCCCGACAGACGGUGAAAUGCUACCAGAUGAAAUCCCGACCACCGCAGGUUAUUUGUACUCUGUUGGUGGGUCCACCCCACCAACCAAGUGGGAAUAUAACCUGUGGCGAGCAUAGCAAGUCACCAGGCCCGAAGCAUGGCGAGCGCAGCAAGCUCUCAAGGGGACUCACAGCCACGCUCCCGGGAUUCAGACAAAUGGGAAGCCGCAGUCGGUAUACUGACAGCUGGCAUCCUGUCUGCCGGUAAAACAUAUGCAUUUCCUCUGUAGCAGUGGUUGUUCAUUUUAUCCCCCAUAAGUAGGGCCCUAGUUAAUUUUCUGCCACAUAGUAGUGUCCUAGGUAAUGUUAUGCCUCAUAUAACAUCCACACUGUCCCUUUCUGUGACAGUCCUAUUCUCGGAGCUCAAUCGCUGCCUAUCAGGUCACUGCACACAGGCUGUAAAGAAGAAGCCUGCUCUCCAACAGUACUGAGCUACUGAUUAGCUAAUCUAUACCUGUGAGGGUAAAAAGGGACCAUGGGAAGUUGGAUCAUAUUAGCGUGGAGCUUUACUGAGAUGGAGAGACAGAAACUGCCACCUAUAUGAGUGUUUAGGCUGGACAAUGAGCUGGACCCAACAGCUUCGCUGCAAUUCGAGGAAUUUAUUAGUAGAUAACUAUAUAACUUGUGUCCACAGCAACCACUAUAGCUACACCCAUGCUGCCAAUUAGUAUUUAGAUUGUAUCCAGUACUUCACAGCGUUUUAGGUGCAUCCUUAUUAUUAUACUGUAGGUGCUUGGAGAUGUGGCCUUUUGUCAUUGGUUUUCUCGCAUCUCACUCUCAUUAUGAUCUAAGACAUUACAGUACAUCACCAAACCAACUAAUAAAACUUUAAAGGCAAAUUUACUGGUGUUCU